AUGGUUGUAUUCGAAAAGCCCCAUGAGCUUUUCGCUCAUAACCUUCUCUUCCUUCGAUGGUUGGCGGAUUUUUGUGGGGUGGACAUGAUGGUCGAGAACUAUCGUUUUAAUGUGCGAACCUUUUUGUGUUUAGGCGCACAGGUCAUUGUGAUAAUUAGUGUGGUUUACAGCGCUGUCUUCUACUAUCCGGAUUGGCUGUAUGUCCUGAAACUAGUGAUUCCACUUUCAUUCUGCGUUCAAGGUGCAAUCAAAUUUUACAAUGCCUAUGUUUAUCGGCACUUUUUUGCGCUGAUGUAUGGACGACUGGAGCGGUUCCACUACAAGCAUCGGGAUGAUGCGGAAAACAACGCCUCAUUGCUUUUGUUGAUGGAAAGGAUACACCUGAUUUCGAAAGCGUUAGCUAUUUUGUUCCUAUCUGCUGGAAUAGGAUUUGUGCUUUAUGCAGUUUAUAUGUACUGUAAUUUUCACGAAAGAGUUUUGAUGCUUGCUUUAAGAUUUCCGUGGAUAGAUGCUGAUUCGAUUUUGGGAUACACCAUUACGACGGGAAUCCAGUCACUCGUGCUUAUCGUUUCUGUAACUGGUUUUGCAGCUGCAGACUCGGCCAUACUGUUGUUCGUAGCGAGUUUGGCUGGGUUUGCUGAUGUUUUCACUAACGACCUGAAAAAGCUGAACAAGGAGUUGAACUUCAGAUCUCCUGAUAUGAGGUUUAUUCGUUCGAAAGUCAGGAACCUCUGCUCACAACAUCAGGAUAUUAUCGAAUAUGAAUCGGAUUCGGAUGAAAGAUAUAUUGCUACCUGUUUUGUUCAGGUGGCGACCGCAGUUUGUUGUAUGAGUGCUUCCCUAUUUUUAGUAUAUAUCGAACGUUAUCCACCUGGAUUUGCCAUUUUGGUAGCAAGUUUUUUCGAACUGUUGGAGUUUUGUUUGCUAGGAACAAUUUUAACAAUAAAGAACGAGGAAAUUUCGGAAGCCAUUUAUGCCACCGAUUGGUUUUUGUUGGACAAAUCGGAGCAGAGUUGUUUCCAACUGAUGCUGCACAAGAGCCAAAUAGUUACGGAGAUGACAGUUGGUGGCACAACUAAACAUAGAAACAUUCGUUGGGAUUAUGAAUCGAAUAUAUUCAUAUUUUACAAUGAUGAUUAGUUUCUUAGAGUAGUAUAUUGAGAUCUUCACAAUACGAAAGAUUCUAAUAAACCUUGUAUCCCAGCAUCUGUGCUUAUUUCAACCA